UGAAGCUAACCACACAUCUUGACCGUUUAAUGCUCAAGGAAGACUACCAAGAAGUUGAAACUAUAACAUGCUUCUUCUCUACCAGGUUAUUCUGCAAUUCUGGAAAUAUCCUACGGUGCUGGGAAUAUGGAAAAUGGGGAAGGAAUGGUGAAUUCCGAAUGGGUUUUCAUCGUGCAAGAUGGUUGAAUGGUUGGUUAAGGAUGAAAGGAUUUUCUAGAGGAGAUCAAUGGAGGCUUGAUACAUGUGUUGACAGACUGGAGAAGGCUCUAAUGUUAAAAAGAGCUUCUCAUCUCCUUUCCCCAUGAUUUUCUGUCUGUCUCUUUAAGAAUAAAGGAACUGGUCAUAUAUACAUGGCCAAUGGCACUUUUGUAAUUCAACUUAAUGGGUCAAAGAUGUGCAGAUGGGUCUAGAUGAGUUGUCAAGCUUUGAAUGGUUUCGGGCACUAUUGGCGGCUUCCUUGGUAAUAACAUCAUGAGUUGCCU